AUGUCAUUACUUGAUACUCAUCAAAAAGACACCGAUGAAGAAGAAACGAAUGUCAACGAACAGGAAUCCAAUGAAAAUGAUGAUAUUGCAUUUGUUGCCAAAUUAAAAUCAAGUCGAACAUUAGCGAGUAUUCUGAAAACGAUUGACUUCGCUGAUGAUGCAAUCUUUUGUGCUCUACCCACUGGAAUAAAAAUCAUCGUUGAAGAUAAACAAUGUGUUCAAGGAAACGCUUUUAUUGAUACACGUGUGUUUGAUUCUUAUGAACUGACACGUCAAGUCCGGUUUCGAUUCCAUCUCGAAACUGUCAUGAACUGUUUAAAUAUAUUUGGUGUUCCACUUGAUCCUGUGACGCAUGAGCCAUUGCCAACAAAUGUCGCUGUGCAAAUUCAUUAUCGAGAAAAUCAAACUCAUCCAUUACAACUUUAUUUGGAAGAAGAAGGUGUAAUAACGGAAUGUCUCAUUAAAGUAUUGGACGACACAGAUACGAUCGAUUUCGAUUUUCAAACAGAAAAUGUUGUAACGAAAGUGGUGUUCAAAGCAAACGGAUUUAAAGAAGCACUUAGCGAAAUUGAUCUCAAAGCUGAUUGUAUUGAAUUGUUGAUAACUCAAGAUGUUCCACAUUUUCGUUUGAUUGCAAAUGGAUGUGGUGGUAGUACAUCUGUUGAUAUAACUCAAGAUUCACCUGUCAUGGACACAUUUUUAUGCACUGAACCGGUACAUAAUCGAUACAAAACUCAGUUUUUUCAGUACAUUGUUCGAGCGUUAUCAAUUGCAAGUAAACUUUCGUUGCGUAUUGACGCUGCUGGUAUUUUAUGUGCUCAAUUUUUGAUUUAUACUGAAAAAGAUAAACCAUCACUCGUCGAAUAUUUCUUUGGACCUGAUGAAGAAUUGACAGAAGUAGAUGAUAACACACAAACAAGUGAAGUUGUACUUGUCGAAGAUUGA